AUGGGAGUACAAAGAAUGACUCCGUGAUUGUUGUAAAAUAUAGUGAAAUGAAAUCACACUGUAAAUGUCAGAUAAACCCUCGUUUUACUGGAGUUUUAAAGUUUGCCUCUAAUAUGAAUACUUUUCCAUGUGAUACGCAGAUUAACAUUUUUGAAAAUGACAAACCUGAUACAGUGUUAAGGCUUCCUUGUGGUCCAAGGAUUUCUGACGGAUUCCACGUUACUCAUCAGAGUGUCAUUUUUAUGACAUCUAAAUACAUCAACUCUACCAAUGGAAUUUUUUAUCAAGAGAUUACCAUUUUUGAAGAUAGAACUUUCAAUGGCACGAUUUCUGUCAUUUGUGGGGCCGAUUUGUUAACGUCAAUGCCGACAGUAAGGAUCAAAACCACAGAUUAUACUAAAUUAAAUAUAACUGUCUCUUCACAAUCAUUAACAGAAGAUAUCCAAACUGAAAAAAAUAAAGCAAGCCCUACAACGAAGUGUGCAUCAACGAAUUACCUAAUAUCUGGUUUCUCUGGAGCUGCAAUUGGUGUGUUAUUAACAGUCAUUAUCACAAUUGUUGUGUGUCACUUAAGAAAAACAAAACCAAUUCCAAAGACAACUGGGCUGAACGAUGAAACGAACACUGGACAGGAAAACAAUGACACUUAUGAUGAACUUCGUGACAAUCCUCCAUAUCAGUCCUAUCAGCCUCCAGACAAUGAACCCCACAUUUACAUUCCUCUUCAAAUAACUGAAGAAAAAUCUCAAAUGAAAAAAUUUCCAUUAUUAUACACGUAACGUCUUCGAAUAGGUCUUUGUUGGUGCGUGGAUUUGUUUGCGAGCUAAUAUUCCUUUUUUUUUACUUUUUAAAUCUCUUUUUAGAAAUCUUUGUAGGCAAAAAUAAAACAAAUGUGAGAGUGUAUGUGAGUGUGGUGUCAUGUUAUUAAACUUGUGCAUACAUGGAUUUCAAAAGAGAUCUACAUUGUUUAAUCCAAAAGCACUAUUCACCUAUAUUUCAACACAUCUGGCUAUUUCAUAGACAGUAAGACAUCAUUUUGGUGAC